AUGGAACCCGGGAAGCCCGAUCUUGCCAGGGAUGAAGGGUCACCGGGGGCGGGUAAUCCCGUGGACCGUUCGGAGUCGGACCCGGACCGGGAGUCGCUCAGCCUGUCGUCGUCGUCGGUGUCGGGAUCAAGCAGCGUUGGUGGCUCCGGUUGCGGUGGCCCCGGGAAGUCCAGGCGUUACGUGUACGGCACGGGCACGGGCGGCUCGUUCAGCAUCACCCUCAAGCACUACGACAGCCUGGUGGGCGAGGUGAAGUGCCCGGGGUGUGCCGAGCCGAUGGACGGACCGAUCAGCAUGUGCCAGAGCGGCCACAGCAUCUGCGACGCGUGCCGUCACCAGUCCGGGACGGUGUGUCCUCUGUGCGACGCCCCGUUCACGGAGCUGCGCAACUACACGCUCGAGGCGAUCGCGUCCAAGGUGCAGUUCCCGUGUAAGAACGCAGCCCGAGGCUGCACGGUCCGGUUGCCGCUCCAGCUGCUGCGCUGGCACCGGGAACGGUGCGGCUACAAGCCGAUCGAGUGCUUCAUGGGCAAGGUGUGGGACGAGUGCCGCUGGCAGGGCUGUGCCCGUGACUUUGCGGCCCACUGCCUGGCGGAGCACGCCGACCGGGUGUACGAUGGGCCGCAGGUGACGCUGCACUGGGACUGCCAGGGCGACAGCCCCCGGAUCAGCGCCCGACUGCAGCUGGUCGUGGCGUAUUACGUCAUCCGGGCGUUCGAGGAGCUGUUCAACCUGUACCAGAUCUACGACCCCGACCGGCGCACCAUCCUGUGGACGGUGAUCUGCGCGACGAAGGAGCCGCGGGUUAGCGGCCGGUACACGUUCGAACUGGAGCUGUACUCGUCGGUCGAAAGCUGGAAGCUGCUGGUGCAGCGAUUUCCGUGCCACUCCGAGCUCGAGCAGGAUAUCCUGGCGGACUGGAACUGUGCGAAGCUGGCGCUCAGCGACGCCCAGCGCUUCAUGGCCGCCGACAAGGUUCUACACUAUCGGGUGCGAAUUCUGGAGGUAGGACCAUCGCGCAGCCGUAGCCUGGGAACGCUCGGGGACUCGGUGGAUCGGCUCGCACUGAUCGGCCCGUCGACCACCACCACGGAACAACGACCGUCCACCGACACCGACUUCCAGCACUGCUCCAGCACACGGAUUGAGAACGUCAACCUGAAGGCGGUGCCGGAACGCAACAUCAUCAGCCGUCAGGGUUCGCAGGUUGCUCAGGUCCCGUUGCUCCCGUCAUCCCCCAACGCGGACGACGACGACGACGAUGGCGUGUUUUUGCCCUACAUCGACGACGACGUUGCAGGGUGCCCCGCCGGCCUAAAGGGUGCCAUCUCUACGCCGAUCCUCCAUCGGGGCGCGUCCUACAGUCCGCCACCGCACAAACCGGCUCGGGCUGUCACGUUCGAGCAGCAUCCGCUACAGCAGCAGCUGCAGUUGGACCGUUUCAGUUGGCCAGCUGCCGAGGUGGCCGCCGACCGUGAGCGUGAGUCGUGUACAACACGAGCCGUCGUACCGAAGACGCCGGACCGCAACCUGACCAAAGGCACCACGGCGACGGCGACGGCGGCGGCGGCCGGGCUGUCAAAGUUUUAUCACGUCACCAGGGUCAAGGCGGCUAAGUUUCUCGAAAAGAAGAGGCUUAAAUGA